AUGGCGUUUCGGUGUCGAAGCAGCAGCCACUGGACGGCACUGACGGUGACAGCGCUGGUUCUCAUUGCCACAUACUCGCUACCCACCGUACGGUGUCGAUCAGUCAACGUAAACUCACCGAAUCAUCCGCACAGCCGACACCACCGGUCAAACAUAUCGAUCGAAAGCAACUCGAUACAGCGGCUCGAUGCAUCCGGUGGCCACCGGCAGAGUGCUCACGGAGCCGGCAGCUUUAACGGAAUGUCCUCCCAGCCACCGCUGCUGAAGCGCGUCUUCCUGUCCAACCGGACCGUUACCUGUAACGAUGGUUCGCAGGCCGGGUUUUAUCUGCGCAAAUCGCCCGGUUCCCGCCGGUGGGUGGUGUUUUUCGAGGGUGGAUGGCACUGUUACGACCACAAAUCGUGCCGCACGCGGUGGCUCAAGCAGCGCCACCUGAUGACGUCCGUCCAGUGGCCAGAAACGCGAGAUGUUGGGGGCCUUCUUUCCGCAUUGCCAUCGGAAAACCCGUACUGGUACAACGCAAACCACGUGUUUGUGCCGUACUGCAGCAGUGACUCGUGGAGUGGAACAAAGAUUCGUCCCGAUACGCGCGAUGGGUUACGAUUUAUGGGUUCGCUCAUCGUGCGUCAGGUGAUGUCCGAUCUGGUCCCAUUGGGGCUGGGACACUCCCAAGGUGCAGAUCUGUUGAUGGCCGGUUCAUCUGCCGGUGGGCUGGGCGUGAUGCUAAAUCUGGACAAGGUGCGAACCUUCCUACAGAACGAACGAGGUCUGAAAGUAAGCGUACGCGGUGUGAGUGAUUCGGGAUGGUUCCUGGACCGGGAACCGUACACCCCGGGAGCCGUGGCUGCCUCUGAAGCGGUACGGCAGGGCUGGAAAAUGUGGGACGGAGCAUUGCCACAGGCUUGUGUGGCCGAACACUCUACGGAACCGUGGCGUUGCUACUUCGGACAUCGUCUAUACAACACAUUAAAAUCUCCCCUGUUCGUGUUCCAGUGGCUGUUCGACGAGGCACAGAUGCGUGCGGAUAGUGUUGGGGCACCGGUGACACCACAGCAGUGGGACUACAUCCACGAUAUGGGCGGUGCAUUGCGCGAAUCGCUCAACAACGUGUCGGCAGUGUUUGCACCCUCAUGUAUCGGCCAUUCGGUGCUGACCAAGCGCGACUGGAUGAAGAUUAAGAUCGACGACAUCUCGCUGGCGGACGCGUUACGCUGCUGGGAGAAGUCGAACGCGGACGAGCGUCAGUCACAGUGGCGUUCGAUUAACCGAAGCCCACAGAAGCUGCACCGCAAACACAAUGGGGGACGCAGGAAGAACAAACAACAGCAGCAGCAGCAGCAGCAGCAACAGAUCGAUGCGGUUGGUGUGGAAUCUUCUUCGGAGCGGCCGCCACGUCCGAAGCUUACCAAAGAGGAACGAGAGCGACGGCGACAGGAGCGGCGUAAGCGCCAAAACCAGCGCAAACAAAACGGUCCCGGCAAGGCGAACGGUACCGGUACGGGGGACACCACCGGCACGCAACUCGGUUUACCAAAAGUUCCUAAACUAGAACGAAUGCCAAAAAAUAGUACUACCAGCAAACCCACCAUCAAUCAACCGAAGCGUAACAAUCACCGCCAGCAUCCGGCCCAAGCGCAGCAGGACGCGAGCGCCGCCCGGACACCGGUGGCCGCCCUGCUGAACGAACCAACGCCCCCGCAGCACAAGCUGCGGAAUCAGAACAAAAAGCGCCUGAACGGACAUCGGAACCGAAAUCGGAAGGCACGCGGUGGAAACGGUGGUGGCGGUGGCGGCGGCGGUGGCACCGGAGGGGGCCGUAACCGAGCGCCCCAAACGUUGGACAUUGCGGAACCAAAGAAGUGUUCGUUGCGGUUGCUGGAGCGAUGCAGCUGGCCCCAGUGCAAUCACUCCUGUCCGACGCUCACCAACCCGCUGACGGGCGAAGAGAUGAAGUUCCUCGAGCUGUUGGCUUCGUUCGGGCUCGAUAUGGACGCCGUCGCGACGGCGCUCGGUGUCGACAUGCAGACGCUCAACAACAUGGACCAUGCCGAGCUGGUGAAUCUGCUCACGCAGCAGGUGACGUAG